UUCCAAAUAAUGGGCCAUUUUUAAUGGGUCGAUUUCAAUUUCAAAGUAAGUAAGUGUAAGUCAGUAAGGAUGCAUGGAAAUGCAUGCUGCAUACAUUUUUAAAACUAUUUUAUUAAUCUUAUUACUAGUUUAUAUUAUAUUUAUAUGUAAGUCUUACUCUUAAUUUUAGCCUUAACCUACAAUAAACACAACUACAACAUGUUGUUUGAAUACGACUAAUACUAAACUAAUAGACUAAUACUAGUGAUAAUAAUUCUAAGACGGAGGCUACGGAGUUGAAAUUAUGAAAAGCACCAUUUUAUUUGCAUCGCUCGUUUUAAUUUAUAUUAUUUGCAUAAUAGUAAUAGGUUAAUGAUUUUCUUUACAAGUGGCUAUUUUAUGGUAGUACUUUUAGUUUAAUUUCACUAUAAUAUAAAAUUUCCUAGCCUUACACUUUAAGUUAAAGUUAAACUAAAAUUAUUACCCCAAAACUUUGGAGGAAAAAAAUGAAUCCAGUCCACACUUAAAACUUAAACAGAGACGUAAACAACCGGAAAUAUAAUAUAUAUUUACUUCAGCAUUGUCUGCUAUUUAAGUUUAAAAAGAGCAAUCAUCAUCAUAUAUCAUAAAAAGAGAGUCUGUAGCUAAACUAUGUCAAGAUAUUUUUUAAAAUGAUGGAAUAAUCUUUAUAUAAGUAUACGUUUUGCUUUUACCCUAUCAUUUAUUGUAAUAAUCUACAAACAGACCUCAUAGACAUAGACAUAAGUAAUUAUAAGAAGUUGGUAUAUAAUGACGGUAUAUUAUUAAAUUAUUAUUAGUAUUACUAUUACUUUUAACUUUUAGUUUUUUUAAUUUUAGUUAAUUUAGUUUCAUUAGAACUUGGUUGUGACAGUUAUGUCAACGGCUUCGGGUCUGCCAAAAAGCGUCGAGAUAACCGAUGAUCGUGAUAACCAAAAACCAGAUAUAUUAACAUGUGAGACGGUCCCAAAUUAUUUCGUAUGAAUCAUGAACAAAAUGCAAUGCACUGUGUGUAUUGUUAGAAAACAGCAGAAAUGUCAGUCAUAGCUUUUGCAAAAGAACUGUCACUUCACAAACCAGUCAGUAAAUACUAAAUGUUGUCAUUGACGCAUUCAGCAUAGCAUUUGCAAAUAGCCGAAAACGUUCUGCUUGUGACUGCUGCGCCACUGAAAGUGAAAGGCCCCCAAGGAGCUGGCAAACAGACAGCGACUAGUACCACUCUGAUAGCGGAGUUUACGUUUCGCUUGCAUCCAAAGUCCUUUAAUAGUUUAUGUGUGAAUGUCCUGGUCUACUGGAUCAACAAAUUCGUGCGCAUGCACUGUGACAGUGUGCGCAUAAAUUCCGUUGUUGAGCUGACCGACAUGUUGAUAUCCUUGCCAAGCGUCCGUGAUGAUAGUUGUCCCUGGUAACAUAUGAUCAGUGAUAAAGUGCUCGUGUGUUUUUGCGCAUCUCGACAGCCAACAACCUCCAUCCAACAUCGUCCACUACCACAAACAUGAAUUUCAAAGAAAAAGAUACCUACGACUUUUAAGUAAGAAGAGUAAUCAUAGGAAAUAAUUUCAAUAAUUUGGGACCGGACUUCGGAGGAUUGCCGAAAUUUCUUCAUGUACAUGGUGUGCGUUAAUAAAAGCAUGUACCAGGUACUUCAGUAAAAAAAUAAUUAAUACAUUUUUUAAUAUUACAUUUAUUUAGAGCAGAUUUCAAAUUAAAAAAAUAAAACCAGAAUCAACUUUUUAACUUGAGCUACGAAUUUUUAAAGAGCGAGUUCGUUUGGUAUUUUCUACUAUGGAUGAAGCCUCCACAUUUUGUGACCUCAUUCUGCUGAUCAUGUCUUGCGCAAUGACUAAAUAGUUUACAUAUAAGUAUAAGGCGACGCAUACCCUUAUUACUAAAAUACUAUUUAGGGACUACUUAUUUUGAACUUUCAAAUUUGGCACGUGACUAUUUAACUAAAGUUUUCCCUGACCAAAUGGUCUAAUAGCUUUUGCACAUGGCAAACUUGUUGAAAAUAUUAAAUUGCUAAGUUACUUCACAAGGAAGAUAAGCAUAGGCAACCAUCAAGGUUAGUUAAACAUUUUAUUUCAUGAGAACAGAAUGGUGCCAUAGCCUGUCUCACUUUUUCUAGAUCUUGAGUCAAGUUAAACCACUCACCGUAUCGAUUUGGUGGGCGUUUAACUCUCGCUGGUCGUCUUUCAUCUAGCUCCUCAUCUUUUUCAUCAACACAUUCAUCAUCAGGAUCAUCAACACGAAUCACUUCUUCAUCGACGUCAUUAUCAAUGAAUUCCAGAAAUAUAGGUGUUGAUUCCUGAGAAAUUUCAGUCUCCUUCUCAAGACCGAACUUGUUUUCAUUAAACAGAAUGUCUCUACUGUAAAUCACCCUAUACGUUUUCAAAUUGUAUAGGUGAUAACCCUUGACAUCGAUUCUGUACCCAAGAAAAAUGCAUUUCUGUGUUUUUGAAUCAAACUUAUGUCUUUCAUCUUGAGGAAUAUGUGCAUACGCAACACAUCCAAACACUUUAGGUGAUCAGCACUGGGUUUCGUACCAGUUUUAACACCUCACAUGGUGUAGUACCUUGAAGAGCCUUAACAGGACUUCGAUUCUGCAGAUAUAAAGCUGUUGACACUCCUUCUGCCCAGAAUUUUCAUGGUAGCUGUGCUUCAGCCAGCAUGGAAUGUGCUGCUUCCACAAUAGUCCUGUUCUUUCUCUCUGCUACUCCAUUCUGUUCUGGUGAUUUCGGAACAGUCAGUUCAUGGCGGAUCCCCUUUUUCUUUAAAUAACUUUCAAAUUCAUUUGAAAUAAACUCUCCUCCGUUAUCGGUGCAUAGGGCCUUAAGAUUAUUUCCAGUUGACUUCUCAACCAUUACUUUCCAUUCCAGGAAACAUCCUUGUGCUUUAGGAUAUAAACCCAAGAAUAUCGACUAAUCGUCAAUAAAGUAAGGAAAUAGUGAACUGAGUAAAACAGAGUAGGGUUAAACCUGAAAAAAUAGACGCAACAAAACAGCGAACGUGUCGGCAGAAAGCCUUCGUCAGCGAACAAAACAACAGAAAAAACGGUAUAAAAAUAAAAAUAAGAAAUAGCACUUAGCUGGUAAGUAGUAUCUGUGGGCAGCAAUAGAAGUGUGCUGUCAGAUUCCGUCCAUCUUCAAAUCCUAUAUUUAGAGGCUCUUCCAACUUUGACAAUUGAAUAAAUUCAGAUUUCCUGCAACACAUAUGACGUGUUGCUCCUGAAUCAACAAUCCAAGUCGUGGCACCAUUGACUGUAGUUAAAGCGUGCUGAUGCCUCAUUAACAGUCCAACACUUUCAUCAUUUGAGUCUCUCUUAGCCUUAGUCUCAGUGUGAUGUGCCUUAUGCUGUCUGUAAAUCUGUUUACUUGAUUCUUGCCUUUUUAACUCAGGACAAUCUCUUUUAAUGUGUCAAUUUCUCUUACAAUGAUAACAUUGGGGUCCUUUCUUUGUUUUCUUCUCUUUUGACACAAGUGCUCUACUUGGUACUUCUUCACUUCAUUGUGAUAUCUUUCUCUCUUCGUGAAGUAAUCAAUCAGUUACAAGUUCCAUCUUUUGAACUUAUUUAAAUUACUUCUAGGUUCAUUCUAAAACACAAGUCCUGUAUUUUGAGAAAUAAUUAUUUUUAAUUAUGAAAAACGUGUUUAUUUGUUGUUUGCUAUUUAUUCUUGCGGAGUUCAAAAGCCUGCAAUUGGGCUUGGGGAUGGAGAUAACCGAAGUUAAGUGGUAAAUUUGUCUGCCUUUUGUGCUCAAGAUAUCAGGGUUAGGUGACAUAAAAGAAUCGACAUAACUGAGGAGAACAUGCUUAGACAAAGAGAGAAUUUGGCAGUUCCACUUCAAAAACGUCGACAUAACAGGAUUGGCAAGUUAACCGAGGUGGAGAUAAGUGGGUUCAACUGUAGUUAAUAUUAGUGGGUCUAUUAUUAUUAUUCGGACUCUAUUAUUCCUAUUUAUAAUUAAAUUAUAUUACAUACUGGUUACAAAUAUAAUUAUAUAUAAGUAAGAGUUUAAAGUAAGACUUCAUAAUUAUUUAAUGGUAUGUUAAUUUUAUGCCUUUAAUUUAUAAUAUAUUAAGUUAAGGCUAAGUGGAAAAGUUUGCUCGUGCAAAGGCAAAGGAAUAAACAGUUGCAAAAUAUUUUAUUUAAAAAUAAUACUAAUACUACUAAUAGUAUGGGCAUGGGUAAUCUAUUGUUAUACCUGAAUGGUGUUUAGUCAAGGUACAUGACUGUUCAUUAACUUUAAGUUUGAUAAAUAUUUCCCUCUUGCAUUCCUUCUGUUAAUUAGUAUAAUUCAUGAUAUAUAGUAACUAAAGUAAAUUAAGUAUUUGCAUAAGAUAUAAUAUCAUUCAUAAUAAUAUUUUAUACCAGCUGGGACAAUGCAACCAUGUUGCGCUUGUAAAAUACAGGAAGAAGCGCAUAAUGUAUAAUAAUUCCAGAUUUUACUCCAUAUAUCCACUAAUCACAAAAUGCUUAGUGGUAUUAUAGUGGGUAGUAAUGGGUACUGAUGCUGUUGUAUGUCCUUUUCUGUGCAUUUGGUGCAUAUGCGAUCAAGUGCACAAUGAAGGAAGAAGCGAAUGAGAGUGUCAGUGGGGUGGACAAGAUCCACUCUGCAAUUGUUUUAAUAGAUAGUAUAAGCUCAAACUCUGUUUAUAAAAUCACUGGAAAGUAAGGUACUAGUUUUUAGAAUUGGUCCUGUUUAGUUUAGACUUUUUACAAGUACAGUUUCUUCAUCUUCUGUCAGCUUUUAUCAGGAAGGGGGUCACAGGGAGGUACAGACUGUGAUUAACCACAAGGUGUGAGACCUGCUGGAGACUCAAUGUUGUGGACUUUCAAUGUGUCCUUAACCUUAACAUACAGUAGUCGAUUCAACACUUUCUGUUAAUGUAUGCAAUGUAAGCUUGCAAUGCAGAUUGGAUGACAGGCAUUCUGACCAGGUGGCCAAAUCAAUUAAUUUGCAAUGGGUCCAUUUUCUGGCUAAUUAAGAUGGCACCAACGUUUCAACCAUUUAUUUUAUUUCAUGGUUCUGUUUAUGGUCCCUUCUUGUUUUACCAGCUAGUUGCCUUAAACAUCUCAUCUCUCUGGGGAAGAUUUUUUAUCCAGAAACCGUGUCUGACAAAGGUACAGUUGAGUGAUGCUACUGUACAUGGGUAACUGUGGUCAUUUAAGCACCUUAGCUAAAGUCUCAAUAAUAGCACUUAGCAGCCCAGGUGUUUGCUUGAAGCUAUUGACUGUUAGCCUUCAUAUUAUGUGUGUGCUUUGUAUUACAGGUAUGCUGUACAUUCAUUAAAGGUUUUAAUUUUAAAUUGUCAUUCGAGUGAUUCGUAAAACUGGAGACUUACUUUAACUCCUGGUACAUUGUAAAACUGACUUACUUUAACCCCUGGUAGACAUACUUACUGUGUCAUGAAAAGAUGAAUGUCUAAAAAGUGUGUCACCAACACAAGAGAGUUUGGAAAGAAAUUGACUAGUAAAUAUCAUUGUUUAGGAAUCAAUCCAAACUUUUGGGACUCUUAUGUAAAACAAUGAAUAAUGAAAUGGUUACAAUUAUGGAAAAAUCUGAUUUAAUACUGAAGUGGCAUGAUCCAAAUCAAUAAAUAAUUAAUGGGAGUUAAUCAUUGUCAGUUAAGAACUGUCAAAAUAUUUUUUUCUGCACGCACAUGAACAGGUGAUUUAAUAAAGAAAAUUUAAAUGAUGUUGUCUAACUGAAGUUAACAAAGUAGGCAUUUCUUUUACUUUUUUUAUUGAUUUGUUUUUAAUUCACUCAAUUCUACAUUGGAAUUUCAAUAAAAGAAAACCAAGGCACAAAAAACAACACAGAAUCCCCGACCCCUUCCCCCCAAAUGUACCCAGGGAAGUCAUCUCGUUGGCACCCCCUCACAGGUUUGCCACUGGUAGUACUAGUAGUUAUGAAAAUAAUAGUCAUAAACUUGAUUACAGAAACUUAAGUAAUAGUCAGAGCUGUUGGGUGGGCCAUCUUACCCUCAAAUAUUUUAGUGGCCGGAAGAUCUGUGGUUGAGAAGAAAUGAAUUUUGAAUGCAGGGGGCACAAAACUAAAAAUCACAGGACAUUUCGGGUAAUACUAAAACAUUCAACUUUUCUCUAGCUUUUUAAAAGUGAUAUCAUUGUCAUGAACAAAUUUUUGUAUAAUUAAUAUGGUGUGCUUUUUUUUUUUUUUGCUGAUGGUAAAGGACUAAGAUUUUAUCCUUAAAUGGUAUUUCAGGUCUCAGGUGCUGAAAGGAGCAAAGUUGACAGUAAAACCCUGAUUUGUAUGCUAUUUCAUUUACAAGCUGUGUUCUGUACAAAAUGUACACACUGGCUAGAAACAAGGUAUUGUUCUCAUCUUAUUAAGUAUGUGGAUAUGUUUACCAAUAAUUGACUUAAAACUUUAAUUAUAAUAUCAAAUAAAAUAUUAGAAAACAAGUCAUUGCAAAUGUUUGAACAAAAUGUAUGCACAAUUUAUAUUUCUUGCUAUCUUUCAGCUUACAAGUACAAUCAUUUAUGAGAGGCUAUUGUUUCACUCAAAAAUAUAUUAAGUCUGUUACCACUGUUAUGCACUAUGUGUAUUGAAUAAGGACUUUUCCAAAAAUGAUUCCUCACUAUUGGCGGAAUUUUUGUACACAUCCCUUCCUCCCCCAUCAUCACAAAUUCAUCACAAAAUUUAGACAUCAUCAUAAUAUGUGGUCACAAAUCCCCUUAAGAUUAAUGAGGUCAUUUAUGUAUUAUCCUUAUGAUAACAUUAUAUUAUUCUAAAUAAUUAUUAACUGUCAUUAGUGGGUUAUCGGUAUAACGGGUUGGGGAACGUUUUUAGCUAUCAACUCAAAAUAUUUCUUAUUGCACAGUCUUUAACACGAUCAAGAAAAAAGGAAGAAAAACUUUACUAUUUAAAUUGAAACUGUUUAAUUGAAUCUCAUAACACAGUAAAUACAGUAUAAAUAUAAAAAGUAUAAAAUAAAUGCGCUAAAAAAAAUUAAUAAGGUCCUUGAAAUUUUUUAUUGUUAGAUAAAACAAAAGGCGACUAGGCCAAAAUAAGGUAUACAAGACAAGGUAUGUGUUUAAACAGGCGGUUGAUCCACUUCUUAUCAGAGCAUGUUUGGUGUUUUUAUCUAAUACCUCGGAUAGAUGUAACAAAUUUUCUAUCUUAACAUUGCACUCACUUUUUACAUAUUUUAAAUAACGCCUUUUGAGCUCUAGAUUUUCACUUUUCAAUGAAAAGAAAAAGACACGACAAUUAAAAGGACGUUUUAGUUAGAUACCUUCUUCAACAGACAAUACAAAAAAAGGAACAACAGAUAAUUAGAAAGCAAAAAUCAAAAACUUAUAUGUUCGAAAAUCUCAAUGAAGUCAAUGUAGCUUUAUUUUGAGGCUUCUGGUGCUUAAACUUCCUUUUGAUCAUUUACCUUAUUUUAUAAGUAUAACCUACCAACUAAAUUUUUUUGUGUGCUUUAAUUUGCUUAAAUUAAUACUUUAUGAUAGUCUCUUAAAUUAUUGAAUUUGUUUGUCAACAUUUUCAAAAAUGUAGAAUGUUGUUUUGUUUAAAGAAUUAGGUGCAUCUUUCAACCAUGAACAAAGCUGCAAGUCUUAUUAAAAAGCUUUUUUAUUAUUUUUUUUUCAAAUGACAUUUUUGUCAAAUUUUUUCUUUGGUGAAAUGCAAGACUGGAAGAACUAUAAUCUUUAUGAUAGCUUUAAUAUUAUAAAGAGAUCCCAACUUAAUAAAGAAAAAAGUGUUUAUUAUAAUAAAUUAUAUCAUUGAAACAAAAAAAAAAGUGCCCAGGGGGUGGUGCACAUAUUAUAUAAUAUAAAAAAUAGGACUUUUGUUGCCCACCCCCACCCCUUAUAACGUUAUUUAACAUUUCCAUUGACCCCAAACCCCCUUAAUGUUAUAUCAUAUUUCUAGCAACCCCCCCCCCCCCUAUAUAAAAAAUAGGACUUUUGUUGCCCCCCCCCACCCCUUAUAACGUUAUUUAACAUUUCCAUUGACCCCAAACCCCCUUAAUGUUAUAUCAUAUUUCUAGCCCCCCCCCCCCCCCCAUAAAAAUGGAUAAAGUCCAAAAGCAAGUAGAACUGAAGCAAAUUUCAAUUAAAAAGCCAAAACAUAUUUUUAAAAUAAAUAUACUGAGUAUUGUAAGCAAAAAAAUGUAUAAAUUUUAGCUUUCAGUAAUCUAGGCUAAUUUCAUAAAUUUGAAAAGCAGAAAGUUAAGAGUUAUAAAAAAAUGACAAAUAAAAAUAAUUGUUACAUAACUCUCAACCACCCCCAUAUUCAUGUAACACAAUCAGUGGUGUAACUAGGGUAUGUGCCGCCCAUGGAGGGCCAAGAUAUUUGCCCCCACUUCCACAAAGAAACUAUGCAUUUGGUCGAAAAUGCCUCCUCUCCUUAUCAAGAGAAUAAGUGCAGCCCAGAGCAGACAGCCUCCCACCCACUAUUCCUAUGCCACUAAAAAUAAUAUGAUAUAAAAAAUGAUAAACCACCCCCUACCCCUUUCGCGUUAUAUACUGAGAUGGCCCAUGGCCCCCUAUUAUUCAAAUGCAUAAUGAGAUAAAGGGUAACUGCUAGCAUAUAUGUAGCUCAGUUAAGUUUAAAUUACAAUGAGUCCUUGGUAGGUUCCCAUAAUUUGUGCAUAAUAAAUUAAAAUAUUUAAAACUUUACCUGCCUAACCAUCUAGAUUCAAUUACCUUAUUGAUAGGGUAAUAAUUAAUGUAUACUUGUUUAGGCAAUCUUAUUUAUUUACUUAAUUUUUGUUUGUUUGAAAUUUUCAAUUAAAAAGUUUUUUAGAUCUCUAUGGAAUUCUGUUAGUAAGUUUUAGCCUGGUUUAAAAGUAGCAGCUGAAUCAGAACACCUGUAGGUAUAAACAGAUGAGUAAUGCUGUUAAAAAACAAAGAUGUCUGGCUAGGCCAGGGGAAAUCCCCAAGCCCCUGUGCCUGGCUGGCAGUUGCAGACCCAGUGAGUCACCAUUGGGUGUUUACCUCAGUUGUUUGUGGUGACCCAGUUUUCACCACUUUUCAGCUAAGGCUCUUUUAUAAGGAUUCCACAUAUUAGAUAUUGCUGGGUAUUAGUAUGAACCCCCCCUUAACCUUUAUUUAAUACUUCUUCUUGAUUGUUAUUGAGAACCUACUUUAAAAUGGUUAUGAAAAGGUUAGCAAUGCUAACGUAGGAAACAAGAGUAUUGGCACAAAUAUUUUUAGUAUUGUAGGCCAAGGUAAUGUAUUUUAUUUGUUUACAUUAAAAAAAUAUACUAUAGGCCUAAAUAUAUUAGUUACACUGUUAUAAUAAAUCUAAAAGGCACUUCAGAGUUCUUUUUCUUUUAAUUAUCUGAGCUACCACAACUUUCGUAAUGCCAUGAAAUGUAAUAUGUCAUAGUACAAUCCCCCCCCCCCCCACCCCCCCCCUCUCCCAUAUUUUUACUUCACUAGAAAAAAAACAACAUUUGAAUACUUGAAGCUGAUUAAAAAAAUAUUAUUGUAAGUAAAAAAAUCACUCACCAGAUUUCAAAACAAUCAAAUGUGUAAUGUAAAAAAUUCAGAGUUCUUUUUCUUUUAAUUAUCUGAGCUACCACAACUUUCGUAAUGCCAUGAAAUGUAAUAUUUCAUAGUACAAUCCUCCCCCCCCCCACCCCCCCCCUCUCCCAUAUUUUUACUUCACUAGAAAAAAAACAACAUUUGAAUACUUGAAGCUGAUUAAAAAAAAUAUUAUUGUAAGUAAAAAAAUCACUCACCAGAUUUCAAAACAAUCAAAUGUGUAAUGUAAAAAAUAUGAAACUUAAAACUUAUUUAAAUUUAAAAUGGUCUUUAAAAAAGUAUGAACGAGCUAGUUGACUGUGUUUUAAGUUCUGGUAUAUGGCUUUACAGUUGAGUGAUGCCAUAAAUAGAAAUACAGACCAAAGACACAAAGGUGUUUAAAAGUUCUAUUAACUUUUAUAAAACAUCUAUAAGAAAGACAUCUAAGCUCACAUGUAGAAUAUAUAUUUUCCUCUCUGAGUCAGGCAAAUGACAAAUCAGGAAAAUACUUUGGCCCAAUAACAUAUAAAUGGUUUACAGUUUACAGUCUGGUAAUAUAAACAUUAGGGGAUAUAGGUAAGAAAACUAAGCUUUCAGUGGUAUGGUUUGUUCUGAUUACCUUGACUGCACCCUGGUGCAUCCAUGUUUUCCCAAUGCCCAUAUACUAUGUCUAAUGUUAUCAAGUGCAAGUUUUCCCAAUGCCCUUAUGCCAAAUUAUAAAAAGUGCACUGCCAAAUAGCAAUUAUAUAUUUAUUUUUACAACCUCUGUUUAGUUAAAGUGAUUCCUUUUCAAAACUACAAAUGAAAAGAAAUACUUCAAUAACGUCACUUGACUUAAUCACAUCAAUAUUAAAUUGAUACAAUCUUCUGCAUGAAACUGAUAGCUUUUUAAUAAAUACAAAGUACCAAGCAAGUUCAUGAAAUACUAAAACAAUUAAUAUACUUUAUUAUUGUAGCGUACCAUCUGUUCACCAUUUGUAAAAGCUUCUGCAAACAGUUAUUACUAAGUGAGUUACUGGUUUUGCACCAAGUCCGCAAGAUGUCACGUAAAUCACUUUAUGAAUAUUUUUUGUCAAACCCCAGAGCCCAUUUAAGGAUAGGAAGCAUUAGCCCUGCAAGUUUAUGGAGACUUUAUCAUUUCAAACAUAAAUGUCUGAAACUUGGUUGUAUUUUUUCCCAUGUAUUCUCAGUCUUUUAUGAAAAGGCAUGACCUAAAGGAAAAGGAAGGGUUUGGGAGAUGCAUCAGAUAAUGACUUCAUUGGGUUAACCGUUUCCUCCCGGCCUUUCAUUUAUGAUUUGGAUUUUUUAAAAAUAUUAUAGGACAAAUUGUAUCCAAUUAAAUGAGUCAGCAUUGGUCAUUCAUCUCUUUAAGCUAUCUCUCCCCCCUCCCCAGUAGCUAGCAUAAGCUAUUGUAAGUGCAGCCCAGGGCAGGCAACAAUUAUGCCGCUCUCCCCCCCCCCCCAUCCACAAAAAAACAUAUUUGGCCAAAAAUGCUGCUGCUCCAUAUAGUAGCAAGCAUAAGCUAUUGUAAGGGCAGCCCAGGGCAGGCAACAAUUAUGCCGCUCCCCCCCCCCCCCAUCCACAAAAAAACAUAUUUGGCCAAAAAUGCUGCUGCUCCAUAUGAAAAAAAAAAAGUGUCAUCAGACCUGGUGGACUGUCCCCUUUGCAUCCCCUCUCCACGUCACUAACCCCCCCCCCCUUUUCUUUUAUAAAAGAUCGUCACACUUUAAACUGAAGUUGCUACCACUUACAACUGAGUAGUACAUUUUAUCCAGCUUAAAAACUGUAAUAAAGCAAAACAAUGGCUGCUAUUUUUAUAUCUUGGAUUGUCUUGAUAAACUUGUAAAAAUUAAAUUCAAGUUUAUUUAAAAUUUAAAUUUGGUGGCUUUGAUAUUUUUGUUGGGUGGCUGUCUAUUUUGGCCAUUCCCUCCCAACACUCCCCUGCUCACUUCUCUCACCACUGAUCCAUUGGGUAUUUUUGGUUUGAAAAAAGAAACUAGAAAACACUGGAACAAAUUUUGAAGAAGAAAAAAAAAAAAAAAGCUGGAACAAAUUUUGACAUUUUUUUGUUUACAACUCAUCACAAUGUUAUAUAUUGGUCUUUGAUCAACAACUUGAUAAAGCAACUUAAAAUUGUCCAUUGGUGAAUAAUAGUUCAUGUAUGUUACAAUAUGAUUUUAAAAAUGUACUUGAGACUUAUUUAAAGUUAUUAUAAAACUCUAGAAAAUUGUUACUUUAGUGACCUCAAUUUACAUAUGUCAUAGAUGUGAUACUGGUUCAGAUGUGCUUCAGGUUCAGAUGUGAAUAGUGUAACUCUCAAACUUUAUUCUUUAUCAUAAAAUUUCUAUUCCUUUUUUUUUUUUAUGUCCAGUUUCUCAAUGACUGACUUAUCACUUUGGCUCUAAGAAACAUGAUGUUGUCAAACAGAACCAUUCACUACCAAGACAAUUUGUCUGAAUUGUCAUACACAGUUCAUCAAUUGAGAGAUGAAGAUGAGGAAAUCGGUAAUGAGAAUCUAUAUGAUGAUGCUGUCAGUGGUGGAAGAAGAACACAAUCAGAGACUUCAGGUAUUGAAUCUGAGGUAAAUUCAAACACAAACUGCCCAUAGAGUAAUGGAAAAAAGUAAUGUUUUUUUUAGUUACUAUUUAUAAGAAAAUAGUCUACAAACUUCAUCAAGAAAAGAGAAUUUAUAGUGAGAAAUUAAUUUUAAGAAGAGCUGGAAUAAUCUUUUUUUUUAAAAAAUUAAUGGCUUAACCAAUUAUAGUUUUAAAAUAUCAUUUAUGACUCUUAGUCUACUCACACACCAGUUAGUUAUUUAGUUUCAAAAAAAUCUAGGAAUUUUACACCUCUCUUUAAGCUCUGUAGUUCUUUUGGAGAAAUAAGCUCAAUUUACAAUAGUAAUCACUUAACAAUAUGUAAAGUAUUAAAUAGUUAAAAACACUUAAAUGGUAUUGUUUAAUGAGUCCUAAAUUUGACAUUUUCUAGUCCAAUAUUAUUGUAUUUUCCAUGAGAGUAGCUGGGGAUGAUGACAAACAGGGGUUUCCAAAUAGCCACUUGAAACAGCUGAAGUGUAUGCUCUUGACACACACAAAUAUGAUUAAUCUCACUUAAGGUUAUUUAUAUCAUGUCAGGCAAACCUAAUUAUCCUACUUUGUUAAAUAUAAUUUGUCUCCAACACACUUUGGAGAAGCAUACUUUUUUACAAAUUGGGGAAUUUUUUUACAGAUUUUGUAUUUCCUCCACAAUUCCUCCACCACACAUAGACUUUUUUGGGAUAUAUUUUGGUGACUGAAUAUCUCUUUGGAACUGUGAUUACACUACAGCAAUAUUAUAUUGUCAUUUACUCAUUGCAAAUCUUAAAUGAAAAUUUCAAACUUAUCUGAGCAAUUAUAAUAGCAGGCAAAAAGUAAACUAUUAAAAUUGCACAAAGUAUUUUGAAGAUUUAUUAAAUUCAUUCAACUAAUUACUUUUUAAUAGUAUUAUUCAAUCAUGUCUUCUAUAAUUUAAUACUGAUAUGGUACUACUAGCAACAGGGCCGGCCCUACGGUCGCUGGAGCCCUGUGCAAGCUUAACUUUGGCGCCCCUUUUAAGUAUAAUCAUCAAAGUAAAAAAACUAGUUAUUCGUUAAUGAAUUUAAGGCCUAUGUUGUAAUUGUUUUUUUUAACAAACAAUGAAUUUUUCAUUAUUUUUUUUAAAAACAACAUAGGUAAUAAACUCAUUACCCAUUAACUAGUUUUUCCCUUUAAUGAUUAUACUUAUGUGGGGCGCUAAAGUUAAGCCUUGGUUAAACUUUCGCCCUGUGCGAAGCACCCAUUUGGCGCCCCCUUCCCUGUCCCUGUAUAUGGCUCCCCUCUCUUUCCGAUUACAACACACUUUUUCUAAUUUGCGCUUGUGAUUUUGCGCCUCGGAAAGCUUUUUGUCCCCCAUAUUCUUUCUGCUGAAAUAAUUGUAAGAGGGACAAGCAAAUACAGUAUUAAUAAAUUAAUUUCCACGCACCUUCGGUUGGUCCCAACCCCAGUGAUAGUAUCCUAAUUAAGAAUGCAACUUUCAUUGUAUGAACACUCAUUGUAUGAAAAGUGAUUGUACGAAAAGUUAGAAUACCGUUUCUCAAUCCCAGACCCGAGGUUCACACUUGACUAUAAUAAACUAAGGGAAUUUAAAUAUUUACUUGGUGCCCCUAUGGCAAUGGCGCCCUCUGCGAGGGCACAGGUCGCACACUAGCAAUACCACUUUCAACCAAUCAUAACAAUUAGACCACACUUGUAAUGAUGUAUUGAAUAGAAUAAUGGAUGUAAGGAGAAGUAGGCCACAUUCUUUGUAGCAACAUUUUGAUAUAUUUAAUGAAAACUGUGACUAAUAAAGUAGUAAAAUUAUUGAUUGAUAUUUUUCUCCAUGAUUAGUUUAUAAUUAACCAACCCAAAAACAAAGUUUCACCAACUAUUUCAGAAAAACAAAAGAAAAUAUUACACACCAAAUGCACUUGCAAUUUUUUUUAAGUACCUCAUUUAGCGCUGUUAUCAUAAAUUUCAUUUUGUGAAAUCAGUGUCAUCAAAUUUCCUUCAUGUUCCCCUUGAAAAAACAGGAAAAGCUGCUUUUUGGGGGUUGGGCUGAAAUUUUGAUAGAAUGUGUUGUCAUGGGCAACAAGUCUAUGUGCCAAGUUUCAGCUCUUUAGGUUGACGGGAAGGGGGUCAAUUAUCCAAUCAAAGAUUUUGCCAGCCAUGAACAAAAGUUAAGUUAAUAUAAAGGAUUUAAAAAUAGUAAUUCAUUUGUAAAUAUUAUGUACCGAAAUCUUGUCACAUGAUAUUGAUUGAUCAAUUUGGCAUUUCAUAACCUGUUUAAAGAAUAUAAAGCAUGAUAGUUUAUUGCGCUCAUCUUUUCAUUAGUUUAAAUUUAAAAGGAAAAGUAAUCUACAAAAUAUAUGUUCACUUAAGGUUAACCUCAGCUCAUUUAAAUUAUUAUUAUUAUGAUGAGUUGCAACACCUCUGUCAUUAGCUGAAAUACAUCUGUCAUGAGCUGGAAUACAUCUGUCAUGAGUUGUAAAACCUCUGUCUUGAGCUGCAACACCUCUGUCAUGAGUUGUAACACCUCUGUCAUGAAUUUUAAUACUUAUGUCAUGAGUUGUAACACCUCUGUCAUGUUGUCAAUUAAUAAAUGAUGAUCAUGAUCAGCUGUAACACCUCUGUCAUUUGCUAUAACACGUCUGUCCUGUUGUCAAUAUUUUAAUGAUGGUUUUUAUUUUAAAUUUUUUUUAGAAAUAACUAUUAAUUGAAUUUUUUAAGAAGUUGUUUCAGUCUCCAAAGGUGAAUUUGAUUUCAUCAUUUAUGAACUUUUUUUAGUGUAGCAUUAUCUAAUUUUGCUUGAUUUUCGUUUAAAAGUCUUAUUGCAGAUCAUUCUGUCCUAACUUGGUGAUAAAUUUUGUUAAACCCAUCCAGGUUUACGCAUCCAUUGUUUGGCAGAGUGGACAGUUGGCAUUAGCCUUUUACGAUCUUAGCAGUCGACAGAUCUUCUUGGUCCCCGACGUUCCAGAAAAUGAUGAUUUCUCCACUGUGAAACAAAGUGAGUCAUGGGUAGAAAGUGACAUGACUAAUCUCAUCAAGUGGAACUUGAACACUUGUUGAUGAUAAAACUUUAAUACAGGUGUUGGUAUUAUUUUAUUGUGCUGGAGAAAAGUGACCAUUAAUUUUUAGAAAAUCUUUUAAAUAAAAAUAUUUACGGUAAUAUCACAGACUUAGAGAAGUGUUGUCUCAAAUAAUAGUGGAAGAUACACUAAGAUAGCAUAUGACACACUGUAGUUAUUACAUCAAAGCAAAACCAGUGCUACCUAAAGUGGUGCUCUGUGUCAGCCCUCAUUAACCAGUCUGCAAAAGCUUAAACAGUUUUAUUAGGAGCAAAUAAUAAUAAUCAAUGGGCAUUGUUCCGGCCAGUCUGUCAAAUUGAAAAUUUGGAGAAGGACUGAGCUAAACUACAUUAUCCACUGUUUACAAUUAUUGCCAAUUUUUCAUGUUUUUGUGUAUCCACUGCAAAAAAUAAUACCUUAUUUACUUAUACACCCAAAGUUAUUCUUAUACUCUCAUCCAUCCAUUCAUGUGUGGCUGUGUUUCCCAGACUGCAACUCAAAACAUUGUUGUCAUGCAAUGAAUGGCUUAUGUGCUUGAAAGAUUUUUGUAAAAUCCAAGAAUGAGAGAUGUUUAAAAAAAUAAAUGUAUAUUCAAAUUAAUUUGUAUUCUUUAUAAUUUGUGAAUUCCAUAUUAUGAAUGUGUUUUUUUCUCCACUUUUUUUGUACAUUAUCAAAAUGUUAUUUAUUUUCUUUUUCAUGCAUUUUGAGUACUGUUAAAAAAAUUGUGGACAUCUGCCAGGUAAAUUUGUUUUAAUAUAUAAACAAAAGUCAUAUUUUGAUAUUAUUCUCAGUUUUACGAGAGAUACAGCCUACAAUUAUUGUGACCAGUUCACUGCAAGACAGUCGUUUAAUCAGCUGCCUUAAAAGACUAAGUAUGGUAUCGUUUUAUCAGAUUUGCACUAAAAAAAUCUGUAUUGUUUAAUUUGAAGUAUGUCAUAGUAACAAAAUAUCUCCUUAAAUAAUGCUUUAAAUGUUUAUUAACUUUGUUAUAAAAUUAACUAUUGAUUUAAAAAUUGAGAACUUAUUGAUGCAUGAAUAAUGUCAUCUGCUUUCUUAUACUUCUACAGUAUCUAAUCAAAGUCCUAAUGAAAUUGGCCUUAAUAAUGAAUCCUGUAGAUUAGAAAUCUUGACUAAUGCUGAUUUCAGUAAGUUAUAGUUAAGCUGUUUAAGAUAAAUAAGUUAGUUAGAUACAUCACAAAUCCUUAAAUUCUCAACUUCCAACCAUGUACUUGCUGUAAACACUUUUCUCUAGGCUAUGAUGUAGGUAAACGUCGCAUUCUGGCACUAACGCUCCCUGGCAUGCCCAAACACUUUACAGAGGAAGAGAAGAAAAUCUACUUUUCAUCACUUAUUUCGCUAGACAGAACCAAUUUGGUAAACUUAUUUUGUGGUUUUCUUUUUGUUAUUAGCACUUUAUUAUUAUUAUUAUUAGCACUAAAAAAGUAUUUAUGAAGCUUCUGUGUGCUAUAUUGAGGAAGUUGGAGUAUUUUUGUGUGGCUUAAAAUAAAUACUUGAACCAUUUAGAAAUAAAGAAUUUAUGAUAAGAUUAUUGCUUGACAUUAACAUGUCAAUACUUAACUAAGACAUUCUUAUCUUAGAUCCGAGCAGUUGGAGGUUUACUGAAGUACUUACAGAAAUCUCGGGUUGGUGUGGAGUUGGAGGAUACAGAUACUCAAGUACCUGUAUUUGGGUUUCAUAUCUAUACCAUGUAAGUUAUUUCAUGUUUGGAGGAUACAGAUACUCAAGUGCCUGUGUUUGGAUUUCAUAUCUAUACCAUGUAAGUUAUUUCAUGUUUGGAGGAUACAGAUGUUCAAGUGCCUGUGUUUGGAUUUCAUAUCUAUACCAUGUAAGUUAUUUCAUGUUUGGAGGAUACAGAUGCUCAAGUGCCUGUGUUUGGAUUUCAUAUCUAUACCAUGUAAGUUAUAUCAUAGUUGGAGGAUACAGAUGCUCAAGUGCCUGUGUUUUGAUUUCAUGAAUAUGCUAUGUAAGUUAUUUCUUUUUAGCUUGUAACUCACAGUCAAAGAUGGUAAUGACCAACCCAGUUUCAAUGAAACCUGGUACUGGUAGUUAGCAAAGUUCUCACAUGACUUUCACCUCUUUAUCACUUAAAUCCUAUGCUUUGCAGCUUUCCCCUAUGCACCGACCCUACUUUGGAGCAAUUUAAUUUACUCAAUUUUUUUGAGACUUAACAUUAGAUAUAUUUACAAAACCAGAAACAUUUUACCAUAAAAUACUGAGAGUUGGCAUUAUGAAAUUACUGGAUUUUAAAUAACUUAUUGUAUUUUUUUAAAAUCAAAUUAAAAUCGAAUUUAAAUCUAUUUUUAAUUGAAAUUCCAUCUGCUGAUUUAAAAAAGAAAAGAUAUGCUUAUUAAUGAGAGUGAAAUAAAUUUCAGAGAAAAUCAAAUUCAGAUUGAUACAAUGACCUACUGGGGUCUCAGUAUUUUUAACACUGAGCUUCAUCCUUCUGUCUACAAAAGUGGUACAAGCAGCAAAGAGGGUUUAAGUUUAUUUGGUAAGAUACAAGAAUGUGUAAUGCUGUAAUCUCUAGUGAUGUAUUGAGUAUGAAAGAUCAUCUGUAUUGAAUGUGAAAGAUGAUCUGUAUUGCGUGUGAAAGAUGAUCUGUAUUGAGUGUGAAGAAGGGUAUGCCAUCUAGAGUUAUAAUAUAAUGUCAGCAUUAUUUCAGUGGCUUGUGACAACUGAUAUGAACUAAAUACUUUAUAUAAAUUUUUUUAUUUGAAUAUGCAUUUAAAAAGUAAGUGUACUAUUAAAUAUACAUUUUAUUGCAUUAGCGUUUUUUCUUAGUUUUUCUGAAAUUAUAUUAAAAGUUUAGCACUGUAAUGUCAACAUGUAAUUGUGUUAACUUCUGUUGUUUUGACAGGAAUACUAAACAGAUGUAAGUCAUCAGUAGGAAGCAGGAUGCUGAGGUAAUCUUUGUUUGCGUACAUAUUUAUGUGGAAAGUUAUAAUUUUAGAUCUUGAUCAGUAGUAUUUUUUUGGUAACAUCAAAAUAAAUUAUGAUGAAUCUUCGGGGCCCCUAGUGCUGUUAUGUCAAUAAUAAUAUCAGCUAUUAAUCAUUUUUAUAACUUUUGAUGACUUAAAAUUUGAUGUGUUGGCGCAUUUAAAUAUUUAUUAUUGCAGGGGUUGGUUUCUCCGUCCUCUAAAAAAUGCUGCACUCCUGAACCAAAGAUAUGACGCCAUCUCCUUUUUUCUUAAAUCUUGCAACAUUGACACUGUGAAAAAUCUUCAAGAAUGCCUCAAGAAGAUCAAAUAUUUACCUGUGAGCAAAUGCCUGAUUUAAAUAUUGUAAAAACAUUUCAAUUUUCAUAACUUUUCAAUAAUAAUUUAUUUUAAUAAUGUGAUUGACAAGGUAUACAGGUCCACAAUAAAACUUAAAAAAUAUUUCCUUAGUAACUGUUGAUUAAAUUUGAUUAAUUUUGAUGUCUUCAUUACAUUUAGUAUUUGUUUGUUUCAAUUUGUAUCCUGGUACAGUUGUAAUGAAAGUUUGUAAAAUGUACUCCUUUAAACCUAUGCAUAACAAAGUUAAAUAUAUAUAUUUUUUAAAAUUUUAUAUCAGAAAAUAUUGCUCAAAAUGACCAAAGCUCAAGCUACCAUAGGAGAUUGGGUGGCCCUUUUCAAGGUAAAAAAAACCUUGAUAAAUACAAUUAUUUAAAAGUAACAAAUUAUUUAUAAAUACAAUUAUUUAAAAGUAAAUUUUCAUUUAAUUACAAAGGCAUAACUCUUUUAAUUUUAAAAGACAUUUUUACCCUUAUCUUCUAAAUGACCAGACACUUUUCUAGAAAAUAUUUAAAGAAUAAAUUAAUCACAAGGACAUAAGGCCACAAACAGCUGCAGAUUAAUUAAACAGCUAUUAUAUGGUUAUUUUGAUCAUGACUCAUGUAUCAAUCUUUCACAGACCAUCUACCAUGCUGUCUACAUUGGAAAUAUUUGCAAGAAACAAAAUCAGACCAUUGACAUUUUCAAACAGGUUUAUUCUACUUUUUGUUGUGAAAAUUUUUUGAGGUUGAAUUCUUGAACAGUUCUAGGUUUUUGUAUGUUUACAGAAGCACCAGUAAAGUCGGUUUCAUGAAAAUGUAAAAAAUCAUACCUAUUUCUAGUUAUUAGGAAAAUCUCAAAUUAUGUUUCUAGAGGAAAACUCUUUUUAAAAGCUUUCUUUCUACUCGCAUUUCCUUCUUGUUUGUCCAGCUUAAUUUUAUUUUGGACAUUUGACCUUCUCAUUCGGUUCUUUCAAUCUUUCUCAUGCUGACCUGAAAGGUCACUUGAGUUGAUGACACAGAGUUACAGCUUUAGUAUGUUGGGAAGAGGGAAGGAGGGUUAAGGUGGUGAGUGAUGGAGAAAUAAGAAAAAGUGAUUUAAAAACAACCCUACCUCUUCGCUUACCAUAAACUUCGGACCUAACUAGGAUUUUGGGAUUGGAUGGGGGAAGAUUUUAGGGUCAGUAUUUUGGCAAUUAGGCUCUGAUCAAUGGAUAAUUUGAGACCAGGGUUAUGAAAAACUGCAGUUGUUAAAAUAUUCUUCUUAGUUUUAUGCCUAGGUAAAGCGUUAUGUCACUUUAACUUUAACUGAGAUUUUUAAGCAUUCAUUGAUUUAAAAAAGUAAUAAUUCUACUUUUGUAGAUAAUUUUAAGAUUACAAUUUUAAUACUAAAAAAUAAACUGUAGAAAAUAAAAAAAAAUAUUUGUUUAAACUUUAAAAAAAAGACUUUCUAUCAAAGACAAGCUUAAAAGCACUAAAGGUAGAAAAUAAUUUAAAAUUUCUUAAAAUGCAUUAUGCAAAGAAAGUCUGUGCAGCAAAUAUUUUCAAAAAUUUAUAAAAAUGAAACAUUUAAUUUUGGUCUAAAUUCAAGUUGAACACUUUGGCUACACAGAGGGUUUAGAGGGUUCGCCUACACUUCUGCACAGUUUUUUUUUUGACUCUGAAUAAAAGUCUUGAGAGAACAAAAUUUAACCGCCAGAUGAGAAACGAUUAGGGGCCACAGGAAACUGGAAAUAAAACAAAUGGUUGGUGACAUCCCAAUCAGUCAGUAUAUAGCCCAACAACAAGUUUGGCCACCUGGUCAGAAUGCCUGUCAAUCAACCUGAUUGCAAACAUUCUCUACCAAGCACUCUGGUUACAGGACCAGAGUAAGACCACACUGCAGUGGAUCAACUGUAUUAGACACCCUAAAGUCCACAACAUGAACCUUCAGCAGGCCUCACACCUUGCUACUAAUGACCCACUGAACCUCCCCACAAUGUUUCCCUGGUAAAAGGGAACUGAGAAAAAAGAACAUCAGGAUACCUUUAGGUUAUUCAUGAUUGUGCAGUAGAAUCUGGAACUAUUCCAACCUCAACAGGAGGGUCUGGAACAACAUCUAACUUAACAGUAGGGUCUGGAACAACAUUCAACUCAAAUGUAGGGUCUGGAACAACAUCUGACUCAUCAGUAAGGCCUGGAACAAAAUUAAACUCAACAGUAGGGUCUGGAACAAUACUUAAAUCAACAAGAGGGUCUGGAACAACAUCUAACUCAAAAGUAAUCUCUGGGACAACAUCUGAUUCAUCAGUAAGGUCAGGAACAGCCCCUAACUCACAUAAGACCAACCUGUGCAUUAUCUUGCAGGUAUCAUGUUGGGGCAUGGAUCACCUGCAUGAGCUAUAAACGGAACCUUCAAUAUCUGCUACUCUUUCAGAAUACUUAUAUUAGAGGGUAAACUUUUUAAAUACCACUGGCAUCCUUCAUUCUAUUUAAACUAAAAAAUCUCACAAAGAAAUGUCUAUUUACUAAUUAGAUAUUAAAUUUGUAUAAUUACAGUGUAGAAUAUUUGGAAACAUAAUACUGCUUAAAUUUAAAAUAUAAAUGCAUUGUAAGAAUUCAAAUUAUAUUAUAAAUAUAUUCUAACAUUUUCAUUUAGAUUAGCGCAACCUUUACAGAUGAACUUCACCACUGUGCAAAUUUAAUAUGCAGAACUGUAAGUAUUAAAAUAAACAAAAAGAUUUUUAUGAAAUACUUCCAAUAAUGUAAUGUUUAGUAUAUUAGCUAUCACAAAGAGUGUUGUAAUUAGGUGUUUAUAUAAGGAUUUGGGGGUGGGGAGGGGGUAAUGUGUCAUCUGAGUAGCUAGAUGAUCUACGUUUCAUUUUUUAAUAGAAGUAUUGAUAUGACAUUUGUUUUAGCUGCAAGCCUUUGAAAUAUUUUACUAGAUUUUUAUCAAAUUUUUGUUUUAAACUUAAAUUAAGUUUUUAACAAAAUAUUGAAAUUAUUUCCAAUUAAUUAAGUAUUAAAUAGCAUAAAUAUAAUAUGUUGUCAUGUUUUUCAGAUAGACUUUGAGGAAUCCAAGCUUAAGAAGAGAUUUGUUGUUAAGCCCAAUGUUGAUGACACUCUGGAUGAAAGUAAGUUAGUCCCUUGAAGUUUAGUGGGAAAUCAUCCUCUUUCUUGUCCAUUUUCUAUUAUUUUAAAAUAAUUUGUAUAGAGGUCCACUAUCCUUAAAAAGAUGUUAAUGCUAGAAACAUAAUAUUACAAUUAAUUGUCCCACGCAAGUAUGCUUUUAUUUUGUAGUUGUAAAAUUAUUGGCAUGAGUUAUGCUAUGAUUUUGAUAAAUGUAUCGUUGCCACAGAAAAGCGAACAUACAAUGGCUUGCCAGAUUUUUUAAGCAAUGUGGCUAGAGAAGAGCUUAAAUGUUUGAGCAGCAACAUUGAAGGUUGCGUGGUCAGCUAUUUGCCACAGGUGAGUGUAUUACAAACUCACUAUUAUGAAUGCAAUAUAUUUAAACAACACUUUUUUUAUAAUUCCUUCAUUUGGUCAUUUUGUUUUUCUCAUUUUUUUAAAUUAAAAAAUGUUGUUGAUAACAAAAAAGUAGUAAAUAGACCAGUUACUAGAACAUCAUUAAGUUAUUUAUACCAAUUACCACAUCAAAUAAUAAAUUUAGACAGAUUUAAUUUUAAACCUACAGAAAUUAUAUUCAAAUUAUUAUUUUUAUUUGCAAUGUAUUUCUAACUAACCAAUAACAUUUUGGUGAUGCCUGGCAUUAUAUUUAAUUCUAAAAUUAAAAAUAAUUGAUUGAGUGGUUUUCUCCUCACAUCUCUUUGUUUUGAGAUUGAUCAAUUUAGUUAAAAUUAGACAAACUUAUAAUGAUUUCUAGUUAGGAUGUAACAUCUUUUCAAUAAUAAAUGUAUAUUGAUCAAUUUAGAUUGGAUACCUUCUUGUGAUUACUAUGCCUGAAGGACAAAAUGAAAAUGAUGAUCAUACUAUCCCAGGGCUUGAGUUUAAGGUAAGGGGAUGAAGCAUGAAGUUCAGUACGUUAGAAGCUCCAUUUUUUUUUACUAAUCAUCAAAAUAAGAAAAAAACAUCAGGGUAGUCAAAUACAUAUAUUUUCUAUAAAUAACAACAACCAUUGUUUUGUUUUAAAGCUUUGAUCCUGAAAAACAAAGAUUUUUAAGUCAUGCUUAUCUGUUAUAACUCAAAAUGACACCAAUAAUGAUGCUUCCCUUCCUUGCUGGGUGACCAAAUACAAGUCCAGAUUAGCCCAAAGUCUAGAUAACAAAUGUGCAGAUACUUAAUAUUCUAGUAUAGUGUAGCCAAUACAGGCAUCCAUGCAAAUGAUGUUUGAAUAAGGUUAUAAUUUAAUAUUUCACAGCACUCAUGGCCUUAUUAUGGUGUGUACUAGUUAUUUGUUACAUAAAUUUCAGUUUGCCUCAAACAAACAGCUUUUCUACAAGUCUCCCAAAACAAUGGGUAAUAUAAGGUCCCACCAAAUUCUAUACCCCAGUUUCAAGUUCAGUGUAGAGAAAUGUGUUUUGUUACAACUUACAUUUUUUGUUACAGUGUGUGGUCACAUUCAGAGAUCAUUUUCUUAUUUAAUUGAACCAUUUUUGGCCUGCUGCAUUUUAUUAUUAACACUAAACUGUUUAAAAUGAUGUAUCAUUAAUUCUACAGAUCUGAAUUACUCAUACAACAUACUGUUGUUAUAAUUUUUAUGAAAAAAAUUAAUUUGCUCUCUGUUUCAUGUUUCAAAAAUAAUUUGUUUGAGAAGUAAUUCAAAAUAAUUUCACAUUUCAUUUGUAUAAUUUUAGUUUUUUUUCUUCAUGAUUUUGAAUAGAAGAUCACUUCUCAUUUUAUAAUAUGUUAACUAAUUUGGCAUUGUAAAAAAUAAAAUUGCUGCUUUCAUAUUUCCUCCACAUUGGUUAAUUUAUUUUUCAAACAGUUUAAUUGUUAGACAUUUUAUUCCAUUAUCAUUUUUUAACCUCUUUUCAAAUAACCUCAUAGUGUUUUGGUUUAUGUUUAACAAGUAAUGCAAAAUUCAUUUUUUAUCUUCAUUUCAUUGUGAACAAAACCAACAAAUAAUUGUCAUUUAAAUAAUAAUAUCUCAUCUUUACCUUUAGCGCUGGAUAGCUUACUUGGAGACACACAGGUUGAUAUUAUUGGUAAGUUUUAUCAUGACCUCUGCAGCCAAGUUAUUCUUGCAGUCACUAAGCCAUUUAAAAUUAUGAUUGUUGGAUAUGUUGUCUUUUAGUAAAAUUUAAAAAUUCUUUUAAAAAAUGUUUUGCCUUGAAAUGUAGUAGUUAAAUACUUAAUCUCUGGCCUCAAACAUUUUUGUUCUAAAGGCACUGAAGAAAAAUGAAGCACUUCCAUUACAAUACAAAAACACUUAAUUAUGCUUUUAUAGACAUGCUUUCAUUUGAAUACUUGCUAUAUCAGUGAUGUUAACUUUCUAUGCAUCUAAUAGUCUUUGAAAAAAACAUGUAUCGUGUUAGUGUAAUUUAACUUCUUUACUAUUAAAUAAUGAAGUGAGUUUGAUACGAAGAAAAUGGGGUGAUUCCUUCUUCUGAAAAAAUUUUAUCUUCUAGUUUAAUAAUUCGAUAAAACUUUUUUUCAGAAAUGGAAAUGAACAUCAUGCUUGGUCUUCAGACGGCCAUUUUAGAGAACACUCAAGUCUUACUUAAUGUCAUGGAAAAGGCUGCUGAAUUGGACUGGUAGUUGAUGUUUUGUAGGCAAAUGUGGGGACUGGAUCAUUGUAUUUAAACUUAAUUGAUUUGAUUCACCAUAUUUAACAUUGAUUUAAUUCACAAUAUUUAACAUAUAUUGAUCUGAUUCACCCUAUUUAACCUUGAGUUACCUCAUUAGGCUUUUGAUUUAAAUUGGCCUUAUUUGGAAAAUAUUAUCUUCAUUAAAGUUUUCUGUGACAAUGCUAUUGGCCAUUGUAACCAGACAAUGUAAACAAGUCAUCUAAACAUUUUAUCCCAGCUUCACAGGACUGAGCAUAGCUUUUUCAAACGCCCCACAGAAUUUUUCAUUUCACUAUUUACAGGUUUAAAAACACUGGAUAAUUUUAUAAUUCUUUAGUUUGCAAUGUUUAAAUAACUAAAUUGUUUUAUUAUUAUUUAUUGAUUUCUUUUGUAACCAAGUUUGAUGGCACUGGCCAUAUGUGCAAGUGAAGGUGCCUAUGUCCAACCUAACCUUAUUCAGGAAGAAGUCAUUGACAUCCAAUCAGGAAGGUUAGAGUUGAACUUUUAGCAGUUUAAUUCUUUCGAUGUGGAAUUUUUUUAUAGUAAAAAUUUACAUUUUUUUCUGAAGAGUGGAAAAAGAGUGAGAGGUUGGGUUUAUUAAAAAAUAUUUAAAAUAUUAUUCUUUGGUUUAUAAGACUAAACUUGGUAUCAAAUGAACGGUAAUUGAAAGGAGUAUAUAUUUUUACACUUAUUUCUUCACUUGAAAUAAAAUAAGUUACAGAAAAGAACCAUAAAAUGUGAAAUCAUUUUAUGCUAAACCAUUUUUCCCCAAACCCAAUGAUGUACGCAUACCUCAUCUUCACUUCUAUAACUCAAUUCCUCUAAAACUACUACUAUCGGAAUCAUGCGAUGCAUCUAAAUAUAAAUCAUCUUCACUAUCAAGAGAAAUAGUAUAAAACAAUUCCAAAGCUUUUUUAACUGUAAAUGGUCUAGGAAACUUACCUAGUAGGGCCUAGAGUAGCCAUAGCAACAGUAGAAAAAAAAACUUGAAGAAAAUCAUCAAAAUAAUGCUUUAAAUGACAACAAAUAAACCUUGGUUUCGCUUAUAAACAAUGAAGUGCCACUCUUCUAUGUAAAAGUCUUAUUUAAAAAUAGCUCUUAAAAUGUUUAUUCGAGAAAUAGCAAAGAAACAAAUAUGAUAUUGAAACAACGCACAGCGCAUUGGUCCGUGCUUUUGAGAACGGCGGAAGAACGCAGUGUGCAUUGUUCCGCAUCGAAAGAGUUAAAUAUGAAAUGAUAACUUUUUACGUUUUGAUUUGUAACAAUUGAAUACCCUGGUGAUUUCUAUAAUUAGAAUUUUCUUUCAUUUGCUUCAUCGUAAACUUGUUAAAGAAAUCCUCACUAAAUUGUUAGUGUGCUAAUGAAAAUAUGUGUGAUAUUUUCUCCUAAAUUAAUCAUUAUUUGUGUAUAUUGUCAGACAUCCUUUACAGGAGCUUUGUUGCAGUCCUUAUGUGCCUAAUGAUACAAAAAUGGGAGGUCAGUACAGCAAAAUAAAGCUACUCACAGGACCAAAUGCUUGUGGGAAAAGUGUUUACCUAAAACAGGUUAGAACUGCUUUUUUGCCUUUUCCAAUAUAUAAAAAUACUUUUUUACUUCGCCAAUCAACAAGGUGAAAUUAAGAGUAUAAGUUUACAUUUCUAGUCAUCAACUCAACAAAUUCAUGUCACCUAUACACUUGUGGUCAUUAACUCAACUAAUUCAUAUCAUAUGUGUACACCUGUAGUCAUCAAUUCAACAAAUUUAUAUCAUGCAUACACUUGUACUCAUCAAUCUCAAUAAAUCCAUAUCAUGUAUACACCACUUUGCCACUGUUUAUUUACCUUGCAUAUCUUCUCUGCAGGUUGCAAUGAUUGUCUUCAUGGCCCACAUAGGAAGCUUUGUGCCCGCUGAACAAGCCAACAUAGGACCAGUGGAUCAGAUCUUCUCAAGAAUCAAAUCAGUGGACAGUGUGUCUGUAGGAAUGUCCACGUUCUUGCAAGACAACAUGCAGAUGACAGAGGCCUUGCGUUCAGCAACAUCAAAGUCACUUGUGAUUGUGGACGAGUAUGGCAAGGGCACAGAACCUGUGAGUUGCCCUGCUGCCAGUUUACAUGUUUACAUUCAGACAUUUAAAAAUAAAUAGAUUUUAAGUUAAGCUUUACAAUCAAUGCAUCCUUUUAGCAGGUUUACUGUAAAGCUAUAUUUGUUUACAUUUACUCAAACAUCUUUAUAUCUAUUGGGUUGGCAAAGUGAGCCCCCCCCACCCCCUUCCUAGACAAGCACGGCAGUGACUGCUGCUAGCUAUGUGCUUGAAUGAGUAUUGGGGGUGACUGCUGCUAGCAAUGGCUUGAAUGAGUAUUGGCAGUGACUGCUGAUAGUAAAGUGCUUGAAUGAGCAUUUGCAGUGACUGCUGCUAUCAAUGUGUGAGUUAGUGUUGAAAGAUUCUUUUAAUACUAAAAAUGUCCUGUUCUUCAAUUUGGGAUGCGAGGUUUCCAAACAUAAAUAAUUAGAUGAAGAAGAAAUGGUGGCGAUUUUUGUAUUGGUGUAUGGGUGUCCACAGAUUUUUCCUAUCAAGAUGCAGAACAAGUCUGACCUGCAUUUGUGGGUGAAAAUUAAGCCACAACUCUGUAAAAUACCAGUUUUUUAUGAUUCAUUUACUGGCAAAUUUAUAUUUAAAGAAAUUUUUUUUUUUCAAUAUUGUACAACAAAUGAGAUACUUAAAUGAACGAUUGUCAACAAGUUUUAAGGGGGGGGCUCUCUAUUUAUCGAAUCAAUGUAUCAAUAAUUCACUUUUGAUUUUACAGAUAGAUGGUUUAUCCCUUUUAACAGCUACAAUAAAGUUUUGGAUUGCUAAAGGCUUAUCUUGCCCAUUAGUGCUGGUAUCCACCCACUACCACAGCAUCAUUCAACAAAAGUUGCUACCUAAAUCCAGACAAAUCCAGUUUUUAGUAAGUGAUAUUAUUCUACAAAUUUCUAUAUUAACUUUUAUAGAUUGUUUUCAAAUUUUGAGAAUACACAUUAUUCAUUUCUGUGAACGGAUCUUGUGAUGCAUUGUAAAUAAAUUGUGAGUUCACCCAAUUAUGAUUGAUUAAAAAGCACUUGAAACCAAAAUUGGUUUUUGGAAUCUGAGAAAAUGGGUUUUAGGAUCUGAGAAAAACAUUUUGUGAAAUCGUCCAAGGUUUUUUGGGUCUGUGUUUAUUGCUUUGACUAGGAGAUGACACAUAUGCCAGGUUAUUUAACUUCAACACAGAAGCCAACCAUUAGUCAGAUAUACAGACCCAAUCAGUUUGGUGUCAUAUACAACACGCACCCCACCCCCAAUUCUAUACACACACAAAUCACCCAUAUGUUAAUAAAGUUGGUAAGCAACACAGUCGGAAGCAGUGUAAUUAUCUGGGAUGUACAUUCAUUUUUUCAUAUCAUCUGAUGAUUUUACAAGAACUUCCAUCUAUUUUGGUGGUCCUUAGUGUCUGAUCUCAGCUUGUUCAGACUGUCAAAAUAAUAACAGCUUACUAUGAACUGAUUGUUUAUAUUAUAUUAUGAUGGCCCACGGACUUACAACACAAUGACAAGAUGCUAUAAACUGAUUGUUGCUAUUAUUUUAUGAUGGCCCACAGACACUAGAAACAGUAAUGAAUGAAGGUCAGCUGGUAUUUCUCUAUCAAAUCAAAGAAGGUCACACCAGCUCAAGUUAUGCAUGUAACAUAGCAGCACAAGUGGGUAUGCCAGCCUCAGUUAUACAGAGAGGAAAUGAGGUUGGUAGUAAUCUAGAGAAGUCUCAACAACCCUAUAGUUAUACCAUCACAAUGAGAACAACCUAAGGUCAUACCUUUACAUUGAGAAUAACCCUAUGGUCAUACCUUUACUUUGAGAAUAACCAUAAAGUCUUACCAUCACAAUGAGAACAACCCUAAGGUCAUACCAUCACUUUGAAAAUAACCAUAUGGUCAUACCUCUACUUUGAGAAUAACCAUAAAGCCUUAACAUCACAUUUAGAACAACCCUAAGAUCAUACCAUCACUUUGAAAAUAACCACAUGGUCAUACCUUUACAUUGAGAAUAACCCUAUGGUCAUACCUUUACAUUGAGAACAACCCUAUGGUCAUACCUUUACAUUGAGAACAACUGUAAAGUCUUACCAUCACUUUGAGAAUAACUCUAUGGUCAUACCAUCACUUUGAGAACAACACUAUGGUCAUACCAUCACAAUUGCUAGAGGUGAUUCUUACACAAUAAAAAUGAAAACAAGGAAGGAAAGUGACGGUUUCAUUAAAAUUAUUGAACUUACUAAUUUUUUUUAUGAAAUAGGUGUCUUCACUUCUCAGUCAGUACAAAGCUGUGCCCCACAUGAGAGACUCUCAAACUAUACAACAGAAUGAAAGGUGAGUUAUGCCCCACUUGAGAGACCCUCAACAGUAGAAUGAAAAGUGAGGUGUGACCCAAGUGUGGUCAGCAUAAUCCAGGGGUAUAAUUGCUAGAUUUUCAGAGAGUGCACAGCACAAGUUUGGUUUUAGCUGGAGCUUCUGAAAGGAUUGGUGAGACAUCAGUAAAUUAUGUAGAAAAAUUAAUUGUUGAUUGGAGAUGGAGCAAGUAAAGCUAUAGAUCCCGUUCUAACUCAUAUAAAAUCAUUCAUCACAUAUGUAACUAAUAAAGGAUUUUACUAGUGUCUGAUCACAUACCUUCUUGUGUUCAUAACAUAUGUAGCUAAUAAAGGAUUUUACUAGUUUCUGAUCACAUACCUUCUUGUGUUCAUAUGAUUGAGUUUUGUAAAAUUGUUUUAUAUGUUCAUAUGUCAUAAUCACAUUAAUUUGAACAAAAGUCCCAUUCUAAGAAAAAGCUAAACUUUAUUCUGAGCUUUUAUAAUCUGGUCAUACAUGAAUUCAAACAUAUAUAUUUAGAUAUAGUGCACCUUGAUAGAGGAAUACAAUCCAAACUUUCCACUUACAGCUCAUACAGCAACUGGCAAACAAUACCACAUAAUCCAAGCAAAUCUAGACACUACGGCACAGAAAAAUAUAAUCAUGUCACGAAUAAGUCACAAGCCUGGUGGUGCGCAUAAACAAAAUUAACAGCCAAUACAAAAGCACACAAUGAAACACAACAUAUGGUGUGCAAAAAUUUCAAGUGAAUAUCCAUGGUCAACAUACAUACCAACCUGGAUAUUGUCAUUCAAGUAUCGAAUUACAAGCAGUUCCAUUGAAUAAACCAUUGAAGAUGCUGUUAAAAUUAGACUUAGAAGAUGUUUGUAAUUUCAGUGAAAACAAAUGUACAGCAUAGUGAAAAUAAAAUUCAACUCAUUUGUCAUUUUGUUUUCCACUAGGCAUGAAAAAAUUGUUGAGGCGUUUUUAAGACUGGACUUAGACACUGAUGACAUCCAAGCAUUCGUGACGGGGUUUGUUCUUCCCAUGUUGAAUAAAUCAACUGCCAGUGAUCAGCAAUCUUCAAAGACACCUCAACAGGUAGACAUGUGGGCUCCUAUUUAAAUUUGUUUACUUAAGUUUCCUCUCCCACUUGUAAUGGCAAAUUUUGAAUCAAAGGAACAUAUUGUCUACAUAUCAAUCUGUAUAGCAUCAUCUGUAUAAAAUGUUUGAUACAACUGAUUCCCUUUGGGAGUUGAAUGCGCUCUAUAGUGCAAGUUUUUCUAUGGGGGAGUAAUUAGACUUUUUUAAAAAUAACUUUUAUGUCUUACAGAUUUUAGAUCUACCAAAUAAAAUUACUUGUGUGUCUUACUGAUUUCAGAUUUAUGAGAUAAAAUAAAUUUUGUGCUUUACAGAGUUCAGAUCUACCAAAGAGAUUAGCCAAACCAAGCAUGGCAAACAAUGAUCAGAGAGAAACUUCCAUGAAAGAGUUUUCCAUGAAUAGACCUGAGCCACAUGAGUUGACUAGAAUAGCUGCACAUCAAUCCCUAACAACAAGUACAGACCCUUUCUUGAUGGACCAUUCAUUAACAGGCAUCAAUAGGUGCUCAACAGUAAGCAACUCAUUAUCCAGCACAGUAGUGAACCCUGUGACAUCAAGUAACAAACAACCACUUGGCAGUAUAUCAUCAGAUAAGAAAAGCACUUCUUUGAACCAUGUGAUGACGUCAAGUAACCAACAACCACUAUGGAGUCUGUCAUCAGAUAAGAAAAGCACCACUAUGAACGCUGUGAUGACCUCAAGUAACCAACAACCACUCUGGGGUCCGUCAUCAGAUAAAAGCACUUCUAUGAACCCUGUGAUGAAAUCAAGUAACCAACAACCACUCUGGGGUCUGUCAUCAGAUAAAAGCACUACUAUGAACCCUGUGAUGAAAUCAAGUAAUCAACAACCACGAUGGGGUCUGUCAUCAGAUAAGAAAAGCACUACUAUGAAUCCUGUGAUGACAUCAAGUAAAAAACGACCACACGGUGGUCUGUCAUCAGAUAGGAAAAGCACUACUAUGAACCCUGUGACGACAUCAAGAAAUAAACAACCACAUGAGGGUCUGUCAUCAGGAAACCAAAUUGAAAACCCUGAAAGCAAAGACAAAGAAUCAACAGCAGUUGAGGUGACUCCGUUCUCAGAUGUAGCCAGGAAAGAUUUGUCAACUAUUUGUGACUCACAAGGCUCAGCUAGGAGGGUGACUCAUGUGCCUGGACUGUCCAGCAAACGAACUCCCCCAACAAGUAGCACAGCGUCACCUCAGUCAGGCAACACAAGUAGUGUCAAUACCCAAGACGACAGCAGGGCAACAUCUGAAAUCCAAAGAAAAUCUCAAAGCUCAUCAUCCACUCCUGCUGCAAACAGAGCACAUAGAAAACUAGACUUGAGAUUUUUGUUUAAAGCCAAGAAGCCAAAACUUGAGAAAACUGCCAGCUUUUUCCAUGAUGAUGACCCAGAAAGUCAAAGAUAUAACAUGGUGUCAAUCAGUGCAGUGAAGAAAGAAAAAUUAGAUCAAGAGGGCUUUUUAACUACUGGCAGCAGCACCGUUCCCCCUGAAAUUUCUGAAACGUCAGAGGAACAGGAAACUCCUGGCUGCAAGCAACACAUUUCAACAGAGCUUAGUACAAGUACAUAACAAUAUUUGUUGAACAGCCAAGUUUUAUACACUUGAGUAAACAGAUACAGUUGUUUAUUUAUUGCUUAGUUAAUUCUUAGUAAUUUUAGUCAAAGUGUUUGCCACAUUAUUGUUCUGAGCAAAUCUGGAUAUCUAUUGAAUUAUUCAAAUAUGUGCUCAAUCAGUUUUCAAAAUGAGAGCUCAUUGAAUGAGGUUUCAAUUUGAACAUCAUUAAUAUAGUGUUACUUCAAUUUUUCCCAAAUUAUUUUACAAGUUUCCAGUAAAAUGUUAUUUUUGUCUGUUUAUGGUUGAGUUGCUAUUUCCAUGUGAGUUCUGUUUCUAGUUGACAUCCCUUGAUUUAGUCCAUGCUUUAAUUUAGCAAUGCCUUUCAAAAGUUGAACAGUUUAUGAAGUUGUAGAAAAAGCUAA